UUGAGAAUAAUAUCGGUCCUUCCUGGACUAGGGCAUGAACGUGCAGAGUUGUCGGUCGUUUGCAGCGCAGGGGACAGACGUGAAUGGCAGCAGCUGGAGUGCAGACAUGCACCACGUAGAUGAGCUGAUACGCUUCGGACAGCCUGCUCUGUAUGGGGACGGAGAGUGAGAGCAUGCUGCAUCUCGCAGCAGAGGCUUUCAAGUCGAAAAACUUCGACCUGGCCGCGGACAUCUACGAGUGCCAGCUGGCGUGUCUCGGAGAUCCGCAGAGCCGGCGGGAGCUGAUGGUGAAGCGGGCUGACUCGCUCGCGUUCGGGGGGAAAUUCACGGAAGCGUUUGAUGUGUACCGGCAAGCCUCGGAGAUAGAGAGGCUGAGACCCACUCACCUGGCCAACCUCAUAGAGUACCUGUCGGGUACUAUACGGAGGCAAGACGAGGGUGAGAGGCACCGUGGCAACCCGUGUAGGGCAAAGGAGGCAGGUGCGACUGUAUGCCCGAGAGCGGGUGCCACAGGUUGCGGGUAUGAAGACUUCUCCUGCCGGAUAUGCCUGAGCUUUCUAGUCGAGCCGGUGACUCUGACGUGCGGUCACUCCUUUUGUAAAAAGUGUCUGGAGAGGGAGAGGAAAGAGAAGGAGCGACCGGUGGUGUGUAAGGAGUGUAAGAAUGUCUCAGCAGUGAGCGACAGCCUAGGUCUCCGGGUGAAUGUGGUCCUCAGCAACCUGCUGGCCAAGUGGUUCCCCACCCAGUACCAGGCCGGCCAGCUGAGGCGGGAGGGCAACGGACUGUACGCCGAGAAAAAGAUGGAAGCUGCCCUGGAGAAGUAUAACCAAGCAAUACUCGCAGCACCAACAGACCACAUACUGUUUAGUAACCGCUCCCAGAUCCACUCGAGCCUGAAACGACACGAAAAGGCUCUGAUGGACGCUGAGAUGGCCUGUAGACUGAUGCCUCACUGGUCCAAGGGUCACAUUCGCAAGGGCCAGGCCCUGGUGUCAUUGGGCAGGAGUGAGGAGGCUCUAAGAGAGUACCUAGUGUGUCUGUCCAUAGAGCCUGACUGUAAACUUGCUAAGACUGAGGCUUACAAGAUUCUGAGUGAUCUGCUGGCUCCAGUCAGAGAUCAGGUCCCUGAACACAUCUCUGACUACACCAAUAUACUGUCUUCCAGAGCACACAUCAAAAACAGCAUCAGUGCUCCCUUCCAUACCCUUAGUCCCUCAUCGCUGUCUCCAGAGUCUUAUCUUACCUCCACUCUCCCUGCACCAGAGAGGUCACCAAAGGAGAAUCAAAGCAAAUGUCAGGGGAGGACAGAGGUCAGGAGGUUUGACCAGUGCUUCCUUACCAAACGGAAACGAAGGAUUUCAGAAGAGGAGGCAAAAGUGGAGCUUCAGGGGAAGAACAAUGAUCACAAGAGAUCCAAAUCUGAGCCAAACGAGGAGCCGGAAUAUUUGAGCUCUGUGGACACCGACCUCUUUGACCCCGCAGAUCUGGAGUGUCCUCUUUGUAUGAGACUGUUCUAUGAACCAGUGACAACACCGUGUGGGCACACUUUCUGUCUUCAGUGUUUGGAGAGAUGUCUGGACCAUAACCCAAAGUGUCCCCUUUGUAAAGAGGAUAUGUCUGAGUAUCUGGUCCAGAGGAAAUACUGUAAGACGGUAAUAACUGAGAACCUAAUAUCAAAGUAUCUUCCCUCUGAGCUCAUGGAAAGACAGAAAAUCCACCUGGAGGAAAUGGCUGAGCUCUCCAAUCUUAACAAGAAUGUGCCUAUAUUCGUGUGCACCAUGGCCUUCCCUACUGUGCCGUGCCCUCUCCAUAUCUUCGAGCCCUGCUACAGACUGAUGAUUCGCCGAUGCAUGGAGACGGGCACCAACUGCUUUGGCAUGUGUCUGGGAGAUGACCUCAAAGGGUUUGCCGACUACGGGUGCCUACUGGAGAUCCGCGAUGUCAAGUUCUUCUCCGACGGCCGCUCGGUUGUGGACACGAUAGGCAAACGGAGGUUUAAAGUAAUUCAGCACAGCGAGAGGGACGGCUACAACACAGCUGACAUAGAGUACCUGGAAGAUGUUAAGGUGGAGGGCGUAGCAGAGCGCGAGCUGCAGUGUCUGCAUGACGUGGUGUACGAGCAGGCCGUGUAUUGGGUCAACUCUCUGAAAGCUGAGCAGAAAGCUCGCAUUGAAGGCCACUUCGGACCAAUGCCUGACAAAGACUCUGAACUUCAGGCCAGCCCUAACGGUCCCUCGUGGUGUUGGUGGUUACUAGCAGUUCUUCCUUUAGAGGGCCGAGCUCAGCUACCGUUCCUCGCCCUCACAUCUCUGAGAGACCGUCUCAGCGGCAUCCGCAAGGUGCUGCUCUUCAUGUCGCAGAACAGGAGCCGGUGAUGCGCGCGCCUGACCCUAAAGCAGCAGUUGACCUGCUGUUCUUCCUCUUUGGAGCACAAAGAACUGACGCUGAUGGCGUUGCACCUUCCCCGUUCCCCGCCGAUGUCAUCCAAGCAUCAACAGCAAACUUUAACUAAGCAACAGUUGAGAUAACGUGGAUCUGAAUGAAUAACAGACGCCUUCCGUCAUCACUUUCACAGAGCAGCAGUCCUGGCAGACCCACCAACUCGAGCUGUGUUCAGACAGAUCGGAGAGUCUGGCAUCACAAUUGUCUGUUUGAAACCAUCAGUCGUCACGCUGUUACAUCACUGUAUUUCGUUGAUAAUAUGCACAUGCUAGUGUACUUUUUUUUUUUUUUUUUUGUAUAAGAAAAAGCUGCUGUGCUGCAAUCUCUUAAUCUGCCCAGAUUGCCACUCUCACCUUUCUGUCUGUCUGCCAUGUUUGCAGUUCUCUGCUCUUCCUUUUGCCACACUUUGCAGUUUGGUCAGAGCGUCUUCUAAAAAGAUUUGUCAGAAAAACCCAAUACGAGUGUCAUAUAUGUGCUUCCUGUCUGAACAUAACCUACAGAGCAAAGACAAAUGAUCCUCCCAACGAAACAGCCUGCAAAUCAAAUCAUCAGCUGGACAUGGCGAGUCAUUUAACCGACCAUGUUUGUCUUUAAGUGUACAAAUGAAGAAAGAUCAAACCUUAGUAUGAAUAUGAAAAAUGUACUCUCCGUACAUAAUAUACUCUGUUUACUUCAUCUACUCUCUUACCACCUUUAGUGUAUCUUGCAGUAAUUAGUCCAUCAGCUCUUCCGUCUUUCCUUCAUGGCUCCUCCCUUCUUCCUCUCUCAUUCAAACGAAUAACAAGAGAAUCAGCUUUUACGUUGGUGUGCUUUAAAAGCUUUUUGUUCUUGUUUUAUUCAUUUUUUUGUAUGUUUUGACAUUGAUUUCCGUUAUUUAUUCAUAGUUUUCAUUUAUGCAUGCAGUGACGUUGUUUACAUUUCACAAAAAGAGAGCUGCUCACGUUCCAAAGUCCUCCUUUUUUUUAAUUUAAUUUUUUAAAACUCCACCUAUACGCAGCUUUUACAAUCAAAAUGUGGCACCAACAUGGAGCUGGCACGCCCUCAAACCAAACCUUUUUCUAGAUGAUGGCUGGUGAUCCACAUUGAUUAUGUGUGUUGACUUGAACAUAUUUGGAUCCCCGUGCUGUGAGAAGCAUCAUUCAGCAUCAUGGACUCAUUACCAACAAUAUUUGGAGUUUGAUGCCAUUAUCUGCUAAAUGUAUUUAUUCAGUAUUUAUUUGCACUUUUACAUCAAGUAAGGGAAACGAACAGUGCAGGCAGAAAAAAGCAAAGUUCUCUGUUUUUGUUUUUUUUAUUAAUUUUUUCUUUGGUAAAGGGUGACGCAACAAAACAAAACACAACUGAUGUUUUUUGUAAAGGCCAGUGCCUUCUAUCCGCACACAAAGACGAUGAUGUGGAUCCAGUUGUAUACCAUUUAAACCAGUUUUAAUGGAAAGCUGUUGCUUCCAAAUAAUAAAUUCACAGCAGCAUAAAAUAAAAAAAACAAAGCAAAAAGCUUUCCUGGAAACCCGCCAUUAUAUUUUUGAGAAAAAAAGUUGUUUGAAAAACAAACGAACAUUGAGGCCUUGCUGAUGUCUGCGACGCAACUGUUUUUACACGGCAAAAGCCGGUCUCUGACAAACGCCGGAGACCGUUGAGCUUUGCCUUUAGGUUCUUUUGUUUUCUAUAUGUGUGUUUUGAUUUCUACAUGUUUUUACGUCAGUUGUAUUUGAUGAUUUUCUUCACUUACCGAUGUUUCUGCGUUUCAUGUGUGAGAGCACUGGGAAGGCCUAAGCCCUGUCAUGAGGCUAAUACGAUGUGGCUGAUAAAUAAUUUGUCAAUAAGGUGUUGAUACACUUGCAAUAUGACAGAGUCAAACAGCAAUAAUUGGCCGUGUGUUGUCUGGCAUUGUAAUAUGUUAUGUUUAAUUCUUACAGAAGACUGUCUGAACAGAUAUUUGUACAAACAGAUAUAACAUAUAGUCAUGUUAUAUGACUGACCCUCUGUUAUGAAUGGUAACUACUAAAAAUGAUAGCUCAAACUGGACAGGAAAGGGAAUAGUCAUCAUAUAAUCAUGCAUUUGUGUGAAGGUGUCAUGCUUGAACCUUUUCACAUUAAUCAGUCUGGAAUAUUUAAAUAAAGGGAAAUUUGACCUAAAAUGAAACCACAUAUUCUAAAACAGCAUGAGGAGCCAGUUCUUUAAAGAACAUUAAAACAAAAAUCACAGAAACAUAGACUUUGGUUUGAUAUCUCUGAACGGUCUUUCAUUCUGGCAGCAGUUUUAGUGCCUUAACUUUGAAUUCUUCCAUUUUUACUUAAACUGCAGUGGCAACUAUGGUGAUGUGUUGUGCAAUAACCUGGGUCUCUCUUGAUAACAUAACAUAUGUUGUUGUAAAUCUCACCCUGAAAACUGAAGUAUCACUUCGCAGUAAAACCUUCAACAGCUGGUGCAUUUAA